CCUCACUUCCAGCAAACACGACGAUGAGAUGGAAGAAAACGGAGAAAAUUCUGAGCUCAACCAUCCAACGGCGUGAGGCCAGUCAAGACUGUUUGGUACCAACAGGAACCUCGUUGGUUGUUGUAGCCUCGACAACACAGAAAGGCAGCGGCUUAUAAGAUACACCCGUGACGGGCGCGAACCCGAAAGCUUGAUCAGCACCUCCAAAUGAAGACGCCCGACCCAUUCAUCAAUCAUUGAAUUGAGCCUUCACUUUCAACCCUCGCUGCCGCCUUCGGCUCGGAUGAAAGCAUGUCCUCCCAAGACUCAAACCCGAAAAAGAACCUGAUAAUCGAUACCGACCUCUUCAGUGACGUCGACGACGCCGGCGCCCUCCUCCUGGCAUCCACCUCCCUCCACAUCAAUCUCCUCGGCGUCCUGGUCAAUAAACCCUCCACCUACUCUGUCCUCGCCGCCUCCGCAAUCGUCUCAUACUACACCCGUUCUCAAAACAAGGCCAUCCCCAUCGGCGUGUUCCGCCACCCAACCAGCGAUGGCACUGUAACACCCCUUCCUGACACCACCUUUCUCGACGUGGUGCACUGGCACCUAGGGGAAUUCGCUUCCAAAAUCGCCUACCAGUUCGGCUCCCCUUCUUCGCCCGACUAUGUCAAAAAACCCAAGGGACCAAGCAUACCAUGGGGACACGCCGCAGACGCCUGGGACGCAGUUCAACUUUAUCGAAAGCUGCUCAGCGAAGCGGACGACGAGAGCGUAACUAUUGCUUCGAUAGGAUUUCUUGAUAACCUGUCACUUCUCCUCGACUCAAAACCUGAUUCGCUUUCUCCAUUGACUGGGCGCCAGUUAAUAUCGCAGAAGGUGGCAGAGCUGGUGGUCAUGGGGGGUCGAUACCCAGAGGGAAGAAGUUGGAAUUUCUUUGGUUCUGAUCCCGACUCGCCUCAUCAUAAUGGUGGACGCGGACUGGGAUUGGGACCUAAGGGGACGGCGAAUGUAGUUAAUAAUUGGCCGACACUUCAAAAGGAUGGGUGGAAAGGAAGGGUGGUGUACGUCAGUGAUGAAGUUGGUGGGAACGUCUUAACCGGCGCAGAGUUGGUGAAGAAGGGGCCGAAGGGGGAUCCGGUCGGUCGCGCUUAUGGGUAUUAUGCUUAUGGCGAGGCGAGACCGAGUUGGGAUCCGGUGGCGGUGUUGUAUGCCAUUGAUGGAUUGGGGGAGCUGUUCAAGUAUGAUGAGCGGUACGGACAUGGAAGGAACUGGGUGGAUGACCAAGAUGGAUCAAAUAGGUGGAUUUGGGAAGAAGACACGAAGAAUCAGUUUGUGCUGGCGUCGAUGGCAGAUCAUGAGACGGUGGCAAGGGAGAUUGAUCGCUUGUUUCUCGAGGGAGCGUUGAGCGCGGUCACGGAAAGGGCUGGCCCGUGACCUACUGUAUCGAGAAGACGGACAGGUCCCAAGUUCUGAGGUCAGCUAUUUGGAAACCACUGCACUCGUUCCAACCUGGUGCUUCCCUGGUUCCAUAACGAUGAUUACAUCGAAGGUUCUAAUCAUAGUGUAUUCAAAGUUUACCUAGUACUAGUAGAAUGACUGAGCUAUAUUAUUCCCG